AACUGUAAUCGCUACAGGAGUGCUAUAUGUUAAAGAAUGAAAGAAGGGAGCGGAGGAGGGGUGUUGUGUGUGAAAAUUUGGGAAGAUUGAAGACCAAUCGAGCCGCUGCAUUCUGGAUGAGUUGCAGAAGUCGGAUGGCUUUGGCAGUCAGACCUGCUAUGAGGGAGUUGCAGUAGUCCAGGCGUGAGAUGACCAGUGCCUGGACAUCUCAGCCCUAAUGAAACAUAACUGUGUGAAAACUGUCAAUAAUUCCUGGAUUCAAAAUAACUGUCUGACUUUUUUUUGUGCCACAAACAAGGAUAUCAUAAAAGUACAGUACAUACAGUACAGACCAUAGUUUAUGAUUCAGACUUCUUCGUUGCGUCCAUCACGCAACCAAUCAUCUUUAACGGGGGAGCGACCAAUGAAAAAAGACACUGCAAAAGCGUAGGGCGGAAAUAAGGAGCGUCAAGUUAUGAAGAAAAACUACAUUAAAUAAGGAAGUUAGGCGACUUAACUUUUAAAAAAUAAAACCAAGAACCUGGCGGCGGGGUUUGUUUUUAUACAGUCUAUGGUUGUACUGUAGAGGAAGUUUUAUUUUGGAAACCACAAACCGGAAGUAUAAUGCAUACAGCCUGCCGUAUCUGACAGCGGCAGAAACAACAGCAGGAUGUAGCGGUACAUGUAUCGGGCUCGCUUCACAUCAAUCCAACCACCACAAGUCUUUCUCUCCUUUUAUGUCGACGCGGUGAGUCGGGUUGGGGGAUGGAUGUUGUAAGGAUUGUCAGCAGACACGACUAACGUUUGCAAAAAUGUCCAACAUCCUCGAUGCGGCGUCCAAAGUGAAAUGGGACCGCACGGCUGCGGCGAAGCGAGCCGUGUUUCUUGCGGCGGCUGCUUACGGUGUCAAAACACUGUACCCCAUCAUCUGCAAGCAGCUCAGCAAAAACAAAGAUCCCAGGAAUAAUGGCCGGGUUUCAAAGGCGGAAAACGGUUCAACAUGUUUGGUAAAAACACAGAUAUGUGUUGCGGAUCAUAAGAAGACAUCCCCUGGGGUAAAUGCGGAAUUUUUCAAGCAGAUGCUCGAACUUGUUAAAAUCCUCUUCCCCAAGCUUGUGUCCAAAGAGCUCGGUUUGCUCUCCUUGCACUCGGUGGCGCUGAUAUCCAGGACGUUUCUGUCUAUUUACGUGGCCAGCUUGGACGGAAAGAUUGUGAAAACGAUAGUGGAGAAGGAACCUCGGAGCUUCAUCAUCCAGUUGAUGAAAUGGCUCCUCAUUGCCAUCCCGGCCACGUUCGUCAACAGCGCCAUCCGGUACCUGGAGUGCAAACUGGCUCUGGCCUUCCGCACCCGGCUGGUGAACCAUGCCUACCGGACCUACUUCACGGAUCAGACCUACUACAAAGUCAGCAACAUGGACGGGAGGCUCGCCAACCCGGACCAGUCGCUCACUGAGGACGUAAUGAUGUUUUCCCAGUCGGUGGCCCACCUCUACUCUAACCUCACCAAGCCCAUACUGGACGUGAUGCUGACCUCCUACACGCUGAUCCAGACCGCCAAGUCCAGGGGGGCCAACGCCAGUGGGCCGACCCUGCUGGCCGGGCUGGUGGUCUUUGCCACGGCUAAGGUCCUGCGCGCCUGCUCGCCCAAAUUCGGCAAGCUGGUGGCCGAGGAGGCUCACAGGAAGGGCUACCUGCGAUAUGUACACUCCAGGAUUAUUGCAAAUGCAGAAGAAAUAGCUUUCUACAGGGGACACAAGGUGGAGAUGCGUCAGCUGCAGAAGUGCUACCGGGCUCUGGCGGAGCAGAUGAACCUGAUCCUGUCCAAGCGUCUCUGGUACAUCAUGAUCGAGCAGUUCCUCAUGAAGUACGUGUGGAGCGGCAGCGGGCUGGUCAUGGUGGCCGUGCCCAUCAUCACAGCAACCGGCUUCGCUGACAACAAAACAGCAGACGGACGCACGCAGGUGAUGGUGAGCGAGAGGACGGAGGCUUUCACCACCGCCCGCAACCUCUUGGCCUCGGGGGCUGACGCCAUCGAGAGGAUCAUGUCCUCCUACAAAGAGGUCACAGAGCUGGCAGGCUACACGGCACGGGUCCACAACAUGUUUGUGGUGUUUGAGGACGUCCAGAGGGGCGUUUACAAGCGCUCCUCUCUGUCCACCGCUACAGGAGUGGAGAAGAAGAGCAAGCCUGAGAUGCACAUAGACGGUCCGCUGGAGAUAAAGGGUGAAGUGAUUGAUGUGGACAAUGGCAUCGUGUGUGAGAAUGUCCCCAUUAUUACUCCGAAUGGGGACGUAGUUGUAUCUUGCCUGAACGUCAAGGUGGAAGAGGGCAUGCACUUAUUGAUCACGGGGCCUAACGGCUGUGGGAAGAGCUCUCUGUUCAGGAUCCUCAGCGGAUUGUGGCCAGUCUACGGCGGCCGCCUACACAAACCCUCUCCUCAACACAUGUUCUACAUCCCUCAGAGGCCGUACAUGUCCAUGGGUUCACUGCGGGACCAAGUGAUCUACCCAGACUCAGUGGAGGACAUGGCUGCCAGAGGCCUCAGUGACAAGGACCUGGACACCAUCUUGGACAUAGUCAACCUCAAGCACAUUGUCACCAGAGAGGGAGGCUGGGAUGCUGAGCUGGACUGGAAGGACGUGCUGUCCGGAGGCGAGAAGCAGAGGAUGGGCAUGGCUCGCAUGUUUUACCACAAACCUAAAUAUGCUCUGUUGGACGAGUGCACCAGUGCUGUGAGCAUUGACGUGGAGGGAAAGAUUUUCCAGGCUGCCAAGGACGCCGGCAUCUCUCUGCUCUCCAUCACACACAGACCCUCCCUGUGGAAGUACCACACCCACCUGCUGCAGUUUGACGGGGAGGGAGGCUGGCGCUUUGAGCAGCUGGACACGGCGACACGCCUCUCCCUCACCGAGGAGAAGCAGCGGCUGGAGACUCAGCUGGCCGGCAUUCCCGAGAUGCAGCAUCGCCUCAACGAGCUCUGCAAGAUCCUGGGAGACGACUCUGUCCUCAAAACCACUGAGGAGUGAGAGAAAAAGAGAGGAGGGGGGAAGGGGGAAGAGGCCCAGAGGGGAAAAGAGUCAAUGGGGAAAAAGAAGAGAAGAAGUGGGGGAGGAGGAGAGAGUCUGGAAGACGAAGAGGCAAUGAAAGAAUAAGAAGUCUAUAGGGAUUUGUUAAUGUUUUUUUUCCAGCCUUUUUUUUUUGCUUAUUUAGAUUUUUUUCUCUCUCGUGCUGAAGCAGGAGAGCUCUAAAUGCCAGCCAGUCUUUCUCCUCUCCGUCUUCUUUUUAUCUCUCCUUUGCCCCGCUGUAAAGCGACAACAAUGAAGUGGACUCACAAAAGUAUUAUUUUUCCCCUCUUACACACAUCGACUGCAUACUCGGUUGUAGGUUUUAAAUGUUUGGUUUUAGCGCACAUGGUUCUCAAGAUCGAUUUGCCACAGUUCAAAGUGGCAAAACUGAUAAAUCCAAUUUAACCAGGAUAAUUUAUUUGUUUGUUUUAUAGCACUUUACUCUGCUUCUAGAGGGCUGUUUCUGUUUGUUGUGGUAGCUCACAGUGAAAUAAGGUGAUAGCUGCAUUUUAGCUGGAAAACUUUUAAUAUAGAACCACUAAAUAAUGUCCAAAGCAGUAUUCCACGCCCAGUACGCUGGGUUUUGCAGGAUCCACAUUUGUUAUUAUUUAGCAGUAGAUUUUAGUUUUUACUGAAAUUUACGUGACCUUGUGAGGUCACAAGAGACUAUUUUUCAAGAUGUCACAAUAUGCCUUUGUUUGAUUUAGUUUGUCUAGCCACAGUACAAUCCCUCUCCUUAUACCUCAUCUUAGCCCUUUUUAGAACCCUUGAAGCACUGAUAUAGGCUUAGUUGCAGGCAGAAAAGGAAAAAAGCCCAUCUGGGGUCUAUUAUUAGAGCAAUUAGUGACGCAGGUCUGACUUCAAAUCUACAAGUUUCUGGUUUAUUGAACAAAUACAAUGAGCUGAAGGGGCCCUGUUCAAAGGAAGAGGAGCAAAGAGCAAGCUGACCCUGGUAGUCCGGUCUAUAAAUAGUCACAAACACAUGAAUUUACAUGGAGGAACAGGUAGACAUUCAGACUAUGUAACUGCCAGAUACACAGGCACACACUGGCCACCUGUUGAAGCUCCUCUGUGUUGACAAUAAACACACUCGUGUCUGCUGUGUGUCAGAUGCCUGCUGGGACUCUGCUUUGUCAGCAGAGCUCUGUGGGUCCUUUGAGCCGGUUUAGAUGCACUUUGUCACAUGAUGGUACUGGACAAUGGGCUAAUACUUUAACUUAAAGGACACUUCAUUUAAAUUUGAUGAUAGCAUCAGGAAUACUUUGGUCAAAGUAGUUUCUCACCUUUCUAAAAGGCACAAUGAGUUGGAUUUGCCUGUUGCGUUUUGUAAACACAACAUUUAAAGUUUUUUUCCAGGCUGAACCACACCAGAAGAACUCACACCCUCUGGGUUCUACGUUAAACAGCAUUAUUGUUUUUGCUUGGUUUUGUUGUUUGGGGAAAUCCUGAAACAAUUUCAACAUGCCCCUUUAAAUAAUCAGUGAUGCGAUAAGAUAGUAUACAGUCAUGGACAAAAUUAUUAGACCACCCUUGUUUUCUCCUUGCUUUCUUGUUCAUUUAAUGGCUGGUACAUCUAAAGGUACAUUUGUUUGGACAAAUAUAAAGGUAACAACAAAAAUAGCUCAUAAGAGUUUAAUUAUAGCACUGAUAUCUAACCAUUUUUCAAGAUUUUCU